AUGGUUCCAGUACGGAAACCUGGCCGCCCGUUAAGCUCUUGUCCGCACCCUUCAUCGCGACCUUGCUCGUGUGCCGCCGUCACCGCCGCCAUCCCCAGGAAACAGAAAUGUCGAUGCGGAACGUCAGAUCCAGACGCAGUAGUUGAGAGCAAGCCGGAGAAGGACGCACCGAGCAGCAGCAGCAGUGCGACGACACCUCCUAGCCCCUCCAAAUUCGGAAGCGCAGGCUUUCGAGUCCAAAAGCAGGGCGCAAAGGCAGGGCCGAGUAGGAAACAGUCCAUCGAUAUCGCAGGACUUCAGAGGAUGGACGCCAGCCAACUCAACGUCUUGCCGCCUUACAGUGGGGUGAACCAGCCGCAAAUGAGCACUCCAAACGGUUCUUCGACGCCCAUGUCUGAGGCCUCACUUUACGGCUCCAUGGAUAUGACGCCAAGUGAAGGUUCCUUUGGGACAGAGGCCGGCAUGUUCCCCAUGUUUCCAUACGCGAUGGGUGCUCCUAUGAUGCCGCACGGUCCCAUGAGAGUGACCCCUAUAGGUCAGAAUGGAUCUUCGGUAAAUGGCUCUGUUAAGCCAGAAUCAGAGACGUUGAAAAGCUGCUGUGGAGGGAGCAAUGGUGUCAAAAGCCAUAGGGAUGAUGCCUCUUCAGUGCCUGCGCCGAGCGUCAAUGGUAAUGGCGGUCGUGAACCUGAAGCAAAGAGCUGUUGUUCGUCCACACCAUCCUCAUCCGGCCAAGAAAAAAAGCCAGUAGGCAUCAUGCCUCCGCCUGGCGUACCUUUCCCACCAAACGGGAUUUUAAUUCCACCCUUUCAACACCCCAUGGCUAUGGCAAAUGGGAUGUAUCCCUUUUAUGCCCAGCCCAAUAUAUUCAACUACCCUCCGCAUUAUGGAUCUUAUUUGCAACCCCUUCAACCCGAGCAAUGGAGGCAGCUUAUGGCCGCUAUGGCUUUCCAGCACGGAGGGCCCCAGGCAUUUGGCAUGACAGGACCUAUGCCAAUGCAACAGCCCCCGCCUACACCGAAUGGAUCAUCUUGGACGUCACAUCAAUGCACCUGCGGCGAUGCCUGCCAGUGUAUUGGAUGUGCAGCCCAUCCUUACAACGACGCAACGCAAAAUUAUGUACGCUCUGCUUGGUCUUCUAUGAUGGAGGAGGCACAAAAAUCACAUGCCCAUACAAACAGCAACGGAUCUCACCUGAAUGGCCAGACUAACGGUGUUAACGGCGCGAAUGGAGAGACGGAGGAAUCGACCAAGACAAGUUGCAACGGGACUACAACCCCGAUCAAGACAAAUGGCGAUGGAACAUGGUCACCUGCGGCCCCCCAAACACCAUCCGAUGCCGCUUCCGGCCUGAGCGAGGAACAGGCUUUAUCUGCUAGCGACUUUUUCUUCGUCAGCUACCCCUUUGGCGAUACAUGCGCUGGAGAGACGUCAAGCUGUCUUUGUGGUGAUGACUGCCAGUGUAUUGGGUGCACGAUUCAUAAUAACACCGAUCCGGCGCCAAGCACCGACGAUACUGCAGCAUAA